CGCCCCCGAGGGUGGUACAGUCGAAGGUGGCAGCGCCGUCUCCGCAGCACCCCCUGCUCCAACCUGUUUCCCCUUAGCAAACGGUGCCGGGCUGCUCAGCACCAAGUCCUCGAGGGGAGGGAAGAAGCAUGAUCAAGAUGAGCCGUGUCCUCUUAACCACCUGCAUUCUCCUGGCUGCUUUUUGUAGUGCUGGUUAUGCCUUAAGGUGUUACCACUGCGAUAACAGCCCUACCUUGUGCAAGACCAAUAGUACUUGCUUACCAACUGAAGAUACUUGCUUGCAGAUGAAAUUUGGUAAAUUGAGAACUUCCUCCUGCUGGAAAGCAUCCCAGUGCAGUAUGAAUUAUAUUGCUGAGUUCUUCCUGCUGGAUAAUUUUGAAUUCUUUUGCUGCCAACACGACUUGUGCAAUGAGAGUGCAAUUACUGGGGUUAACAAAGCUGCCUUCAGUAUUGCCUCUGUAAUGACCAUGUUAUGGAUGCUUCUGUAAUAAUCCCCAUUUGUAUGCUGUACUUUCAAGCUGACAUUACACAGAAUCAUCAAAUGUUUUCUGAAUUGCACUUGUUGCAUUUUCAGUUCCUAUCUGUGGGCUGAAACAUUACCUUUUUAAUUCUGUUUCCUGAUGUUCCAUCUGUUAACUCACAGUCUCCAUUCAGGGGAAGGAGACUUAUUUUGUCACCAGUUAUAGGGAAUUUGGGUAUUUUGGCCUGCCAUAUUCAUGAGGAAAAUAAUUUGUUAUGAAGUUGUUUCAUCUUGUGGAGAAUCUGGGCAAAUUCCAGGGAGUGUUGUGUAAGGGGAGGAAUUUUAUGGUUUUAUGCUGGAAGACCACAGUUUCUUACCAUCCCAUGAAUUGUAAUUACUUUUGGUUGGGCUUUCUGUGGGGUUUUUGGUUUUGUUUUGAGGUUUUACUUGGAUGCUCCCUGGUCAUAUGGAUUUGCCCCCAAUACAAAAUGUGUUGGAUCAUAAGUGUAAACUUGCUGCAGUCUUCAUGAUGAGUGUGGAAAUUGUAGUUUCAAGUGAUGUAGACUCUGUUUCCAUCACUGUAAGAUUAUUUUUUCUUUUUACAAGCCUUGUAAGUGCUGUUAUCUGGGGAGAAAACAUCUACAUUUCUUAAACUAAAACCAAAAUAAGGGUAUAUAAGCAAGGAACACUUUUCCCUCUUUAUAUUUCUGGAAGCAUGCAGACAACAUAUGCUAGCUUCUUUUGCAGGCUUUUUUUUCUCUUAUCCUUUAUCCAUGCCUAGAAUUUUAAUUAAGCAUGGGCUGUGCACUGAGUAUUUAUUGGUAUACUGAAAAGUGUUUAUAAAAUGUUAAGGGAUUGAAAUGACACAUUUAGUUUGUUUUCCCACACAGUUAGGGUUUGGUUUUUGAUGGGAACAGUAACAUGUAAAAUUAACCCUCCAAGCUUCCACUUAUGAAUAUUAACAGAACCUUGCAGAACUUAAUAUUUUGUCUUUUAUGCAACUUUAAAAAUGCCAACACAAAAUAUACCUAUAUUUAUAUAGCAUGAAUUAAAAGAAAAUGCUUGAUUUGUAUAGAUAAGAGGUCUAGAGCUGGAAUAUUCUGUAUGUUGCUCUGCCUUUAGUGAUGAAGUCAGACCUCUGAUGCUUGUCUGGUACUUGGAGACCUUUUCAGCCAGGUUUAAUAUCAGAUUCUCCUUUUUCUCUUCUGGAGCUCUUGCUACAUCCCUGCAAGGGUCCUGGUCCAUUGCCAAUAGCAUAUUCUAUCCCAGGACCCUCCCUUUUUCUAUGCAGGGUGCCAGUGACACCAGUUUACCCAGUUACAGCAAGGGUGUUACUCCAAAUCCAUGAUGUAUUCUGCAGUGUAGCUUUUGGUUAAGCUUAUCUUAGCUCUGAAAGCAUUCUGCAAACACUCUGAUCACUCCCAAUAUGGAAGCUGUGCUGUCCUUGAUUAAUAAAAAUG